AUGGCUUCAGAGACGGAGCUGAGCUUCAGCGAGGACCUGCAGCUGACCGAGGUCAUGCGUCUGAGGGUCCAGUCGCUGCAGCAGAAGGGUCAGAAGCGGCAGGACGGAGAGAGGCUUCUCCUGCCUCACGAGUCCGUUUACCGGCUGGACUUCAGCGAGCAGGACCUGAGCUUCCUCCGCUGGAACGUCAGCCUGCGAGGAACCGGACGCUUCACCGUCACCGGCAUCUGCCAGCUCUGGACGCCCGAUCUGACCAACCUGAUGACCAGGCAGCUGCUGGACCCCAUCGGCCAGUUCUGGAGGAACGCCGGGGACCCCGAGGACCUGCCCAUCAAGUGUCUGGAGGCGGACAUCCAGGAGUUCGGAGAGAGGAUCGCGGAGCUGGCCAAAGUGCGGAAAGUCAUGUACUUUCUGUUCGCGUUCAAAGAGGGAGCGACCAAAGACAACAUCUCCUGCUCUUUGACCUUCGGCAAAAACCACUGAGAGAAGGCACCUCUCCAGGCGUCGCUUCCUAACGUCCCCGUGAGGUUAAAACCUUUAUUAUUUAACCUUCAUAGCUUUACUUCUCAUCCUGCUGUCCAGAAGAGCGACACUUUAGAAAGAUUGUAAGUGCAUGCGUUUCGUUGGUUCCUAUGUAAUGCUCGGUGAAUAAAACCAGUGUCAUGUCACUCGUAUGGUUUCCUGUGAAUGCUUUGAUAUUCAGGAGUUUGGAAAGAAUGAAUGAAAGGGAUUUCUUCACAUGAAUGUUUCUUCCACGGCGUCGCUGUGAAGCUUUCAAGUGCUUCAGAAAGUCUUCGAGAGAUCCGGUGCACCCGAAAAACCUC